UCCGUCGGGAGGACUGCACAAUUGCAGCGAUAACUGAGCUCGUGAGCUCUGAAAACCGUGACCUGCGCAGACAUGUCGUUGCGUGUGGACACUUACUCCGUUUUCCAAUCCGUUUUGUUCCUCAGUUUUCUCUAAUCAUCCGACCAUGGCAGAUUUUCGGCAAAUCUUCUCGCGAGUUUUUGACGGAUUUUAUUUCACUUUAUGAAAGUUUUCCGUGCAUUUGGCGAGUUAAAUCCAAAGAGUACAGUGACAGGAACAAAAAGGAGGGAGCGUACGAGAGAUUGGUUGAAAAGUUCAAAGAAAUAGAUGUCAACGCGAGCAGGGAGACAGUGGCGAAGAAAAUCAAUUCUUUGAGAAGCGUUUAUCGCAAAGAAUUGGCAAAGGUAAACAAAUCGAUUCGAUCUGCGGCUGGAGAGGACGAAAUUUACAAGCCAUCUCUGUGGUAUUUCGAUUUGCUGCAUUUUGGUCCAAUGAAUGCCACGAAUUAUUGGCCUUAACAGAAUACGCCACAUCAAAUCAGAAUGCAACAAAAUCUUUCUUCAGAAGUCCGACAAUACCACUCCUUCUCGCAGCAGCCGCAGCCUAUGCCACAUAACUACGCCUCAGAACAAAUACCUCACACUCAGGAGUAUGAAACAAUUGGGAAAAUUUCGGCAGUUUCAUGAAUCAUCCCACAGCAAGGUGAACAAGAUGU